AGUGCUCCAAAAUUAUAAAUAAUUAUUUUAAUGACAAUAAUGAUUAGAGACAUACAACAUUUGUCUCUAAUUGACACAAAUAAUUAAAUUUAUGGUGAAAUGAAUUAUAAACUGAAAGUUUCUAUUUCAAAGGAAAUUUGAAAAUGCUAUAUCGGAAUCUCGCUUUUAGAAAGAUUUAUAGCUUUAGGUUCAAUUCUUAUUUAUGUAGCUGGAUUAAAUCGAUAAAAUUGGCCAUCAGACUUUAGCAUCACAUUUGGCUCAGUAUAUUUUGUGAUAAUGAUUUUUGUUGAUCUGGCAAAGUUACAAUAACCAAUGCGGUUCUUCGUCUUAGUUAAACUUUUUAUAAAUUCUAUAUUCAUACCCAUCAUGACAACUACUUCCUUAAAAAGUAGAAUCGUAACCAACGGCAACUUGAAUAUGGCUUUCAAAAAAAUCAAUGACCGAAAUUACUUUAAUAUCCUGAUGGUAAUUCAAAAAAUAGCUUUAGAUUCAUUUUUAGCACAGCAUUGAAGAUGAACUGAAUGGUACCUAUAAGGUGAUAGAAGACAUCUUCAAUAAAUAAUUCUAUCGAUGAUAGAAGGUUAGUAAAAAAAACCUGGAACAUGUAACUGAGCUUGCCCUAAUUAGUUCAGUCUAUUUCAAGCACUAAAAGAAGCCUUCCACUUCAUAUUACAAUUCAUAUAAAAUAUGCAUCUACGUGACGAUGAUCUUAUAAAUAAUAAAUAAGCUUUUCAUUAAUAUGGGUGAAAAAUCUGCAUUUGGCAGUGAAGAAAUAUCAACAUGCCAGGAGAGCUACACGAUAUAUUGUAAUAUAAAGCUAAUGAGCUGGUGUAUGUCAUAACAAGGAUCGUGUAUUGAGCGGCGCGUGCGUAAGCUGACAGUUAAGCCAGCUAAAUCGCAAGUAGUUGAGAAUGGUCGCGAUAGCCGCGAUCACCUACUAUACCUGGAGCUGCUACCAAUGCCAGUCUAAUUUCACGCGCUAUUGAUACAUGUUCAACUGUCAACAAUUUAUUGGAAAGAUUGGUUAAUUGACUAUAAGGAUUCUUCGUCUACUAUUAUUCAAUAAUUAACUUCAAUAUAAAUUCAAUUUAAACAGUUAUGUGAAGCAAUCUAGUGUAGUCUAGUACAUACAGUGCUGUGAUUAAUUGAACCAUUUAGUGUUCAUUCAUGAACACUUUGCUCUGAAAUAGUAUAAUACAUUUUAUAAUUGAUGUCAUUAAAAAAUAUCUGAGAUCUUUUGAUUAAUUGAAAAAUGUCCAUGGGAUUGAAAGCUAAGCAGAAUUGUGAUUCAGCAAUGUAAGAUUUUUUGAGUUGGUGGGUAAAGUAUUGAUGCAUGGUGAUAUACAAAAUGACACAUAUCUAUUCUAUGCUCAUUGACCAAGUAAAUAAUAAUCAGCGAUUUGUACAUAAGUUAUAAAAAAGAAGAAUGAGAGAGACAACAAAGGAACGACCUGUGGGCUCUUCAAAGAGCAUGAAAUCAAUUAUUGUAGAUCAAAUUAUAAAGUGCACGUGCUCACUGAGCUAAUUUAAAUAAUUGUCUGAAAUAACAGUAUGGGGAAUGGAAUGAAUAAGGUCCUGCCCGGUCUUUAUGUUGGUAAUUAUAGAGACAGUAAAGAUGAAGCACAGUUGGAACGGUUUGAAAUUACGCAUAUUUUAGCGAUUCAUGAUGCUGCUCGUCGUCUUCACUCUGACAAGCACUAUCUAUGUAUUUUGGCUGCGGACACACCAGAUCAAAAUCUUUCCCAAUAUUUUUCAUUAUGUAAUGAUUUCAUCCAUGCUGCUCGUCUACGUGGUGGAAAUGUACUUAUACACUGUUUGGCAGGCAUGUCAAGGAGUGUUACAGUGGCAGUUGCAUAUAUCAUGAGCACAACAAACCUUUCUUGGAAAGAAGCACUAAAAGUUGUACGAGUUGGUCGAGCAGUUGCUAAUCCUAAUGUAGGCUUCCAACAACAGCUUCAGGAUUUUGAAUCAAGCCGUUUAGCUGAGGAGAGAAGAAGAUUAAGAGAACGAUUUCCAAGUCUAGCAUUAACAGCUUCAGAUGCUGAACUCUGCAGAGUCACUUUAAGAAAUUAUGAAACUUUGGCAUUAGCACGGGAAGUUUGUGAGGGAAAAUGUGCUAUGGGUAGACAGUGUCCUACGGGAUUGUGUAGGCAGCCAUCUAAAAGAACUUUGAGACGAAAAUCAUCAACGGGUAGUCAAAGUAGUACAGGCUCUGGAAGAACACCACCACAAACACCACGACUUUUGCCGUCCGCUCCACCAUCGCCUGCACUACCAAGAUCUGCAAGCGUUGUUUCUGCAUCAAGACCUAGAAGUGGUCCAGCUAGAUUUCAAACAUAUACUGGAGGAUCUGCUCCACCUUCACGAGCCGUAUCAAGAGGAGAUUUAUCGGCAGCAAUUGCUUGUAGUAGUGGAAGCAGCCUGAGUUUAAGUUCCAUUGGCCGAUCAACGCCAGUGACUUCAUAUACUCAAUCAUCAUCAUUGAGGAAUGCUAAUUGGAGAAUGAUGGCUGGAUCAGCUCCUGUAACACCAAGAACGACCCCUCCAGUAUCACCACAACACUGGCCCCGACGAAUGCAUAAUACUUCCCAUCAAUUACCUCUCACACCUGUCUCAGCAUCUUCAUCUAUAUCUGAAUCUUCAACUUCACUAACGUAACGAUAUUGAAGUUCUAAAUAGUCUUAGGUAAUAUUAAAUUAAAUUACGCCAUGGUUGUUUUUUUACUGCUGGUAUUUAGUAAACGGUGUUUACAACGCCGUUGUAAAAUAAAUUAGAUAGUCACUUCCAAUAUGACAUAGUAAUUUCGCUGGCGAAAUGUAGCUUUACUUGUUGGUCAUUCAAUCUUCAAAAAAUCAACAAAAAUGGAAAGUAUUAAUGGGAUAAUGGAAUAAAAUAUCAUCUUUGUCUA